AUGCGUCUGAUCACUCUUUUGGGAGCAUGCGCUCUCGUCGCCCUUUCGACCGUCCGUGCCCAAGAUGCCGACCCUGCCGCUGCCGCCACCGCCGCCGCUGCCGCCACCGCCGCCGCUGCCGCCGUGCCCGACGCGCCCGCCGCUGUAGGAGACGACAUUGUCAUCUCUGCCGAGGGUUUGAAGGAUAUGGACCCUUCGUACUACCCGUCCUUGCAGGAGCUCGAGCAGCGAAUCAGUACCUAUAAUGCCUUUGUUGCCAAGAAGGAGAAGAAGAUUGCCGCUGCCUCCGCCGGGAUGGAGAAUGAGGAGAAGGAGGCCGCCGCUGACCCUGCCGAGAAGGACGAGAAGGAGGAGAAGGCCCCUGCCGAGGAGAAGGAUGAGACGGAGGAGAAGGAUGAGAAGGAGAAGAAGGAUGAGAAGGAGAAGAAGGCCAAGAACAAAGAGAAGAAAGCCCAUCAGAAGGCGUUUAAGGCUGCGAACGCGGAGAAGAAGCACUCCAAGAAGGUUUCGGCGAGCCACCACAGCGACAAGAAGGAUCAUCACCAUCAAGAGAAGAAGGAGCAGAAGCACCAUAAGGUCAAGAAGGUCCAGGAGCACUCUCAGCAUAAGCAGGACCACAAGUUCAAGGCGCUCAACAAUGAUGGUCGUCCUCAUCAUCAUCACCACAAUGGGCAUCAUAGCCACCACCGUCCUCACCACAAGGGCCACCACAAGAAGGACGAGCACAAGAAGCACGAGCACAAGAAGCACGAGCACAAGAAGCACCACCACAAGAAGCACAGUGAUGACUGCAUCGUUUACGAGACCGUCACCUUUGUCCCAACUUGCCCAAUUGAACCAACCCUCAAUUUCGCAAGCGGCGGUGGAGGAAGAGAUAUUCCAGACUACACGACCCUCCAUGACAUCCCGGUCGACCUCGGAGGAAGAGCUAUUUCAGACUACGCGACCCUUCUUGACGCCACGAUUGACCCUUCGCUCAUUCCUUCCACCGAAGGAAUCUCAGACUUCCCCAACGCGUCUGAACCCAGUAUCAUCGACGGCGACGGCCCCAAUGAUAGUAUUUUGGAUGUCAACCAUGACGAUAACGUUAAGGAUGAUGAUAAGUCUGUCGGUGAUGAGCCCGCCAUUGGCGAUCAUUACCCCUUCCUUGGGCGUGAUGAUGCCAUCCCCUCCGGUCUCGGAAACCUGACCCCUCCGGAGCAGGUCGAUGCCGCUGGACUUGCUGGCAACAGCGAUGACGUUGGGGAUGAUGAUGAGUCUGUCGGUGAUGAGCCCGCCAUUGGCGAUCGUUACCCCUUCCUUGGGCGUGAUGAUGCUAUCCCCUCCGGUCUCGGAAACCUGACCCCUCCGGAGCAGGUCGAUGCCGCUGGACUUGCUGGCAACAGCGAUGUUUCGGGUGAGGACGAUGAGGAUUCGUACUAUGACGAUGACUAUGAGGAUGAGGAUGACGAGGGUGCUGAGGAUGAGGAAGAUGAGAAAGUUGAUGGUGUUGUUGGAAAUCAUAGUGCGGGGACGAAAGAAGAGGAUGACAAGCACCAUGAGCGGGAUCAUAACCAGCCCCAGCAAGGUCAGGCUGAGCGCUACCAGUUCUUGCGACGCCACUAA